AUGGACACACGCAAUCUCGACUGCAAUUUCUACGAGGACGAUCUCAAAUCGCACGUCGUCGGCAAACUCUGGCAAAAUCCCGAAGAUUUGCGUCGAUUUUGCGAGUUUCAAGGAAAAUCGACGAUUUCCGAGGAUGAUCGCCAAUACCUAGUAGAUCAAUGUGUGAAAUUGGAAUAUCUUGAUCGGGUGAUCGCCUGCGUCGGCCAGAUUCCCUAUGAGCAAACAUGGGAGCGAAUGAGCGAAUGCUGGCAAAAACAGAAAAUCCCGCCAGUGUUCGCCUCGAUCGACGAUUUCAUCGAAUUCUCGGCGAAUUCGUCGGCAUUUUUCCACGAGAUUCCCAAUUUCGAGCCACCUCGUACCACAUUUCACGGCUAUCGCGUCGAGCAAUUCCAAGAAUCUCGCGACUAUUUCGAUACGCCGUUCAAAAAAUCGUCGAUUUGGCUCGAUUUUCGCGGUUUGAAGGCGCUCGCCGCGCGCAAUCCCCAAUUUUUCGUCUACAACAAAAAUCGCAUUGAGUUGACGAAACGCGGCGAGACCGCGUGGAUUCUUCACGUCGCCGCGGCCGUGCCAACAUUUUUGGCGAACGCGAAACGACGCGACAACUCGCGACGAUUCGUCUUCAACGCCGUCGUCACGAAAGCCUCGAAAUACUAUGCUACGGCGCUCGUUUUGGACCCGCGACUCGACAAUUCCAGAGUCUACCUAUCGGCGAAUGUUUUGCGCAAAAAUGAGAAGCACGUGUGCGAGUUCGAGUUCGGCGCUCGCUGCUUGAUCUCGGUCACGUGCGUUCCCAGCUACAACGACGCUCAUGAGUUUGUCGCCUAUGAUUUCGACGACAAGCCGAUCGACGUUGGGAGUCUGGCGAGCUAUGUGAGCCCGAAUUGGGCGGAUGUCGAGGAGCGACGCGUCGAGUCGCGUCGACAUCAUUUUGAAAAAAAUGCGAAAAUCGCGAGAAUCGAACACGAAAAAGCGCAAGAUUUGAAGAGAAUUGAGAGAAUUCGCCAAAUUUUUCGAUGGAAAAACGCGAGCGUCAUGACGAUUUCGCGAAUUUUCGACGCGAAUCGCGAGUUUUGCGAGAAGCGACACGAGCGAUUCGUGCGUGUUCGCGAAUGCUCGCCGCAUUUUCGCCAAUGGGCUCAGCGAUUGAUGGCCUAUUGGAUUGUCGAUGAUUUUUUCGGCGAUCAACGCGACGUUCGCAAUUUUGUUGAGGAUUAUCCCGAAUAUUUUCAGCUCAAAAACGACGACGUUUCAUUUUGGGACGAGGCGACCUCGGAAAUUCUUCAACUCACCGUCUUCGUCGCCGAAAACUAUUGCAAAUCGUUCGACGAGCUGCAAAAAUUAAUGAAAUCGAAUCGCGAGUUUCGAAACGCGAAAAUUGUCGAAAUGAUUGAUAAUGAGCAAUUUGAGGAAUUCCUACGUGAGCAUGGACUAAUUCUUAGUUUCGCUUAA